CGUCGCUAGAGUCCGCAGACUUUCGAAGCCACCACCAUCAUGCCACCACCAUCUCUGCCAGUAAACCUGAUCACGACAACAAUGCCUGCAAACCAAGUCGUCACAACAAUGCCUGCAGACCCUCGAGAACCCGAGGGGAGAAAGCUCGCACACAUCGGCCGGACUACCGUUGAUAUAUGCGUCGGCAAAGAGGAUUAUAGAGAAUUCUUCUCAGUUCACGACACGCUCCUCGCAUCUCGUUCUGAGUUCUUCACUCGUGCCAUGAACGGCAGAUGGAAGGAAUCCAAAGAGCGCCUGAUCAACCUACCUGAAGACUCCCCCGCCGUCUUCAGCCUAUACAUGCACCAUCUCUACACGAGCAAGCUAGCUACAGCUCCCAACGAAGGCACGCCCGACAGCGGAAGCGAGCACUACACCCUUGCCCAGCUCUACGUCUUCGCCGAGAAGAUCCAAGACAGCAAGUGCAAGAACGAUAUCGUCGAUGCAAUGGUAGCGCAUACAUUCGAAGGACCGAGGCUAAGAUGGCCUGGUACUCGCACCAUCAACACUAUUUACAGAGGAACCGCAGGACCGUGCACUGCGAGACGGUUUCUGGUUGACAUUCACGCUGUUGAACGGGGUUCGGCUUGGUGCGCAAACCAUCAUCGGGAGGAGUAUCCCGCUGAGUUUAUCUGGGACGUCAUCACGAGGAUGAGCGAGAGGAAGCCACCGUCCCAUUCCCGUAUCGUGCUGUCCUACACCGGGUCUAGGUAUCACGAGGUCAUUGGCGACGAGCCUGACCAGGGCGAGAAGUUAGACGAUGGCAGUCUACUUGGCUUAUCGGACGACGGCGAUACUUCUUCGUGAAAGGGCUGCAGAGAGGGCUGUAGGACCAUGCUCGUAUUGGAAAAGUGCUAAGGACACGAACCCGGCCUACGGGUAUUGUUUCCAACAAAUGAGGAGUAGGAAAACCUCAUGUCUUACUAAGUAUUUAUUUCCCCAGGUACGAGUUGGCCUUAAAUGGGCGAACGGUAGAGAGGGCAUAGUCACAUGGUAUGAUUCAGGGAUGAUCAGGUUUUUCCUAUGUCUAAUAUCUCUAAAUCACUCUCUUUUGUCGCGAGAUCUGCCGACUAGGAGGCAAAAAUAAAUGUUUCAAAUGAAUUCCUCAGCAAGGUAACGUUAUUUGCUCCCUAGACAGUAUCUAUGAAAGUCUCCUCGUGUUCCUAAUUCUAGACGGCGGUCCGAGACGAUUGAGUUGUAUUUAUCCAAAGUACUAUGUAUGUGGCGAUACCGUUCGACUAGUUUGGCC